GCUAUGCUCCUUUUGCAGAACAAAAACCCAGCUUCUGCAAUCGGUGAUGAGGUCGAUUUCAGCCAUCUCCCUUCUCCAAUCCGUACCCUCAUGUUCUUCCUCUCUCUCCUUCUCUCAUCGAUCUCCAUUCUGUAAUAGCAGUGAUCGAGCUUAGCAUCUCAGAAACCCUUGAAGUAGCGGUUCUAUUAUCUGCUGCCUUCUUCUUCAUCACAGGUUUCUUCGGCCUUGUGAUCCGUAAAUGGGCUGCUUCCAGUCCAAGGCAGCUAGAGAGUUUCCGGGACACGAGGACCCCGUCAAGCUAGCCUCUGAGACGGCUUUCAGUGUGAGUGAGGUUGAAGCACUGUUUGAGUUAUUCAAGAGCAUAAGUAGUUUGGUUGUUGAUGAUGGCUUGAUAAGCAAGGAGGAGUUUCAGCUUGCUUUGUUCAAGAACAGAAAGAAGGAGAACUUGUUUGCUAAUAGGCUGUUCGAUAUGUUUGAUGUUAAACGGAAAGGCCUCCUUGAUUUUGGGGACUUUGUACGGUCACUUAAUGUUUUCCACCCCAAUGCUUCUCUGGAUGACAAAAUAGACUUUACAUUUCAUUUUUACGAUAUGGAUUGCACCGGCUUCAUUGAGCGUCAAGAGGUGAAGCAAAUGCUGAUUGCCCUUCUCUGCGAAUCUGAAAUGAAGCUGGCUGACGAAACGAUAGAGAUGAUACUCGAUAAGACGUUCCAGGACGCGGAUGUGAAUGAGGACGGGAAGAUUGAUAAAUCUGAGUGGCUUGAUUUUGUGAUGAAAAAUCCGUCAUUGCUCAAGAUUGUGACCCUCCCGUAUUUGAGGGAUAUAACAACGACGUUUCCGAGUUUUGUCUUCAAUUCAGAGGUGGACGAGAUCGCUACAUGAGAGAAGAAGCAAACCUCUGAUGUAGUCCGAUAGGUGGACAAGAACAUGGCCAAGACCGGCUCCGAGUUUGCUUGCUGUGAAAAAUGUCGAGCAGCCACCUACCUAGUUUUGGUCAUAUGUUUUUUUUACUCGUAUGUGUUUUUGGUCCUGGCAAGUCUCAGGGUCUCCAUUAGUUAAUAACAAGUUUUGUGAGUGAGUUUCUUUGUUCGUUCCUUUUUUGAAUCCCUAGUCGAGCUAAGAAAAGUCCCAAGGGGAUAGGGCUGCUUGCUUCAUAUCCUUGUUUAACUGUUUUGUAUCCCAUUUUGUA